CAUAUCACAUUAGCUAUCAUCUUAAUUUUGUAGUUCUUAUUUUCAAGAAGUGAUACUUUAAAUAAAAAUUACGAUCGCGCAAGGUUUAUUGUCAAGUGAAAAGCAGGGAAAGGCAGUGCAAAACAUUUUCUUAUGUUAGUUCAGGGUGCUGCCACUUUACUGCAAAGCUUUAACAUUAAAAUCGCAUAAACAAAACCGGUGAAUCCCAAGAUAUCAAACUGGCAUAAUCGUCUUUAUUGCAUUGUCGAUUUCACCACGUCAGCAUAAUCUGUCCAGGCGUCAGACUAAGAAAAGGCUUUUAGAGCGCAUUUAUUAAACAAUUUUUUUUUUUUUUUUUUGUACGGCUAAAACGAAUUUUUUUAACCAUGAAUCAAAACAUUGAUGAUCCGGAAAUAAAGGCUCGAGAUUAUCAACUGCGACUCGUAGAUUGCAUUACCAAGCACAAUGGCAUCAUUUACUUGCCCACGGGAUCCGGGAAAACCUUCGUGGCCAUUCUGGCACUUAAGCGAUUCUCGCAGGACUUGGACAAAACGAUCGAAAAUGGUGGAAAGCGUGCGCUGUUUAUGUGCAACACCGUGGAAUUGGCUCGUCAACAGGCUGUGUUCGCCAAGCGGUAUACGAAUUUAAAAGUCGGAUUCUAUGUAGGCGAACAGGGCGUAGACGAGUGGACACGCGGCCAGUGGUCCGAUGAGAUUCAAAACAAUCAAGUUCUGGUGGGCACGGCCCAGGUAAUCUUGGAUCUUUUCACCCAGCGACACCUGGAGUUGAGCUGCGUAAGCAUCGUGAUCAUUGACGAGUGUCAUCAUGGAACUGGAAAUCAUCCGUAUCGUGAGUUCAUGCGUCUCUUUCUUUGCGUGGGCCAGAAUAUGCGCUUGCCGCGAGUGGUGGGGCUCACCGGAGUUUUGAUCAAAGGAAAUGAGAUAAAGAAUGUUGCGAAAAAACUAAAGGAACUGGAGACCACGUUUAGAGGGAACAUCAUUACCGUAUCAGACACCAAGGAGAUGGAAAACAUAAUGCUAUACUCGACAAAGCCCAAGGAGUUUCUGCUUCCGUACCCUAGUCAGACCCAGGCCUUUUCGAUCACUGAGUCUAUACGGUCGCAGAUUGCCAAGUUCUUUGCGACCUUGGACCUAAUGGACAUUGGCGUUCAGCCUGUGCGGAGGUCGAAGUCCUUGCAAAACCAACGAGACCCACAAAAGAAAAGUUUCGUUAAGCAGCUUUUCAACGAUUUUGUGUUCCAGCUGCAGGAUUACGGCAUCUACGCGGCCUCCAUAGCCAUCGUAUCGCUGAUUGUCGAGUUUGAGAUAAAGAAGCGCCAGGCAGAGACGCUUAGCCUAAAGCUAAUGCACAGAACGGCUCUCACGCUGUGCGAAAGCAUUCGGCACUUGCUGGUGCAGAAGCUGCGGGACAUGGUAGACGAUGACGCAGAUCCCGAUGAAAAGGCGAACACGGAGGAGACCAUCUUAAACUUCUCAACGCCGAAGGUGCAGCAAUUUUUGCAUUACCUUAAGAAAACCUUUGCCCACAAGGAUCCGAAGGAUAUCUGUUGUCUGGUUUUUGUCGAACGCCGUUACACAUGCAAGUGCAUCUAUGGCCUGCUGCUGAACUUUAUUGAGGCCACUCCCGAGCUGCGGAAUGUUCUUACUCCGCAGUUUAUGGUGGGCCGCAACUCAAUAUCCCCGGACUUCGAGAGCGUCCUGGAUCGGAACAGGACAAAAUCGGCCAUUCAGCAAUUCCGAGACGGCAACGCCAAUCUAAUGGUUUGUUCAAGCGUUCUGGAGGAGGGCAUCGAUGUGCAGGCCUGCAACUAUGUACUGAUCCUUGAUCCGCUCAAAACAUUCAACAUGUACGUGCAAACGAAGGGCCGGGCUCGUUCAAAGGAAGCCAGCUUCGUGAUGUUUGUCUCCGAGCUGGACAAAAUUAAGGUGUCAAAGCAAAUCCUUGAGUAUCGCGAAGCCCACGCCGAGAUUGCCGCGUAUCUAAACACUCGCGUUCUAGAGCGAUCUGAGCCGGAAUUAUUCGAAAUCAAAGAACACUUCCAGGACCUUAUUCCGCCUUUCGUCAACGAACACGGUGCCGUUUUGAUGGCUAGCAAUGCUUUAAUUCUGCUCCAUCGGUACUGCCAAUCCAUGCCCACAGAUGCCUUCGGCUUUGUGAUUCCCUGGAUUAAUUUGUUGGACGAAGACGCCACUAAGGCACUGUUUGGUUACUCUGCAAGAGAAAAGAAAGUGAUUUCCAUCAGACUGCCACUGAAUUCCAGGCUAAAAGAAACGAUUUACAGUGAUCCUAUGGGUUGUGUUAAGUCCGCCAAACUAUCGGCCGCCUUCAAGGCAGUUAAGCAACUCUACUACUUGCGUGAGCUCAACGAGAGAUUCCUGCCCAUAACGCUUAAAGAGCGGGUGGCGGAAAUUGCUAAUGUCCACUUUGAGCACUGGAAGAAAUACGGCGACGAUGUGACUGGGAAAGAGAGGGACGAUGUGGUCAAGGAUCGCACCUACAAGACCGACUGUCCUGCGGAGUUCUUUGACGCACGUCCCCGAGUGGGCGAAGUUUGCUACGCCUAUGAGAUCUUCUUGGAGCCGCAGUUCGAGCGGAAUGACUAUACAGAGCACAUGUUUACUAACCUUCAGACGACCAGAAACUGCGCUCUGCUGCUGCGAAACAAGCUUCCCCUCCUAGCGGAGAUGCCGCUGUUCACCCAUCAAGGUAAACUCCAUGUCCGUGUAGCUGAGGAACCGCUGGAAGUGGUUAUCCAGAAUGCUGACCAGUUGGAACUGCUCCAUCACUUUCACGGUACAGUGUUCCGCGAUCUUUUAAAGGUGUGGCAUCCGUUUUUCGUACUGGAUCGUCGCAGCAAGGAGAACUCUUACUUGGUUGUCCCUCUCAUUGCUGCUGAGAAUCAGCGGAAGGGCAUCGACUGGCCGCUGGUAAGCAAGUUCCAGAGAUUGCCCCAAGUCCAAAGGUCAAGUGUGGCACAGCGGAAACUGCAACCAGCUCCUCGGCCCGAGGACUUUGAGGGCAAGAUCGUGACCCAGUGGUAUGCCAACUACGAGUCCAAGCGCAUGCUGGUUACUAAGGUGCACCGGGACCUCACUCCGUUCAGCUUGAUGGAGAAGAGCCAACAGGACAAGACUUACUACGAAUUUACGAUGUCCAAGUACAGCAACCAUAUCGUCGACGUCGUGCAUAAAGAUCAAUUUCUGAUAGAGGUCAGGGAGCUGACAGAGCAGCUCAACUUCUACGUCCAGCAGCGAACUAAAACUUCCGUGCAGAGCAAGGCCAGAGCCAAAGUGGUCCUAAUUCCGGAGCUGUGCUUCAACUUCGAGUUCCCUGGCGACCUCUGGUUGAAGCUGAUCUUCCUGCCUAGCAUUCUGCGCCGAAUGCACUUCCUUCUCCACGCAGAGAGCCUGCGAAAGCGGUUUAAUGCCUAUUUGGGACUGCAGCAGCUUGCCUUGAAUGGAGCAGACUACAGGCCCAAACCUUUGGAAAUCGAUUGGUCGUUGAAAAGGAAUGUCGACCCUUUGGGAAAUGCCAUAGGCACUGAGGAGCUUGAAGAGCCGCGUUCCCUUUUGGAACCGCUGCCGACAAAGUCCGUGGAGACGGCCAUGGCCAACCUCCACAUUGCUGAUUUCGAGAAUCCGUGGCAGCAGUACAUGGAGCCGGUGGAUAUAUCGCGCAAAAUCAUGGGCGCAUAUCAAGUAGAGGUUGACUACUACUACAAGUUCAUAGCCGGGCAAGUGUCUCGCCUGGACAAGAUGGAGAUCGAGGAUAAGGAGUACUGGGCAGAGACUCAGUUUAAAAUGCCCAAAGGAAAUAUCUAUGGGAGUAGAAGUCCAGCCAAGUCGAAAAUAGACCUACCAGCGCUGAUGCCAGCGAGUCCGACUUCUUCUGGAAAGGCGAACCGCCUGUCUAUCCUGCAGAAAAGCGUUUCGAAUCAGUACAUAUCGGCCGCGGAGCAGGGUGAACUUCUGGCUGCCAUCACUUCGUCGGGCAGCGCUGAUGUGUACGACAUGGAGCGCCUGGAGAUGCUGGGCGACUCUUUUCUCAAACUGAGUGCCACACUUUACUUGGCAAACAAGUAUCCCGACUGGAACGAGGGCACCCUCACGCAGGUCAAGUCCAAGCUUGUCUCAAACCGGAAUCUGCUGUACUGCCUCAGUGAUACGGACAUACCCAGGAAGAUUAGCACCACGCUUUUUACACCGAGAUACACAUGGAUACCACCCAGCAUUAGUUUACCCCACAAUGUACUGGCCUUGUGGCACGAAAAGCCGGGCUUGGCCCAGCUGGUUGGUCCGCAUAAUCUGCGUGAUCUGGCGCUUAGCGACGAGGAAUCGUUGGUCGAGAGUAACUGCAGCACUCCUAACUUUCAGCACUUCGUAGAGGGCUGCCAAUUGAAUUCACAUACCCAUCAUGCCGCCUCCGACUUUUCCGCCGAGGUCAAUUUCUGCGUGGGUCGGGUAAAGAUUGCCGACAAGGUUGUUGCUGAUACUUUGGAGGCGCUUCUUGGCGUGAUCGUGAAGAACUACGGACUUCAGCACGGUUUUCGGAUGCUGGAAUACUUUAACAUUUGCAGGCCAGACGUUGACAAGCCGCUCACCCAGUUGCUGGACCUCAGUUUGGGCGGCGCCAAGAUGCGGGCGAACGUGAGCACAACGGAAAUCGAUGGCUUUCUCAUAAAUCACAGUCACCUGGAGGAGAAUCUGGGCUACACGUUCAGGGAUCGGGGAUACCUGCUGCAGGCGCUCACUCAUCCGUCAUACCCCACAAAUCGGAUCACUGGCUGCUACCAGGAACUGGAGUUCAUAGGCGACGCCAUACUAGACUUUCUAAUCUCCGCUUAUAUUUUCGAGAACAACACUAAAAUGAAUCCCGGAGCCCUUACUGAUCUGCGAUCCGCUUUGGUCAAUAAUACGACUCUGGCCUGUAUUUGCGUGCGGCAUAGACUGCACUUCUUUAUUCUGGCGGAGAACGCGAUGCUCUCCGAAUCGAUUUCUAAGUUUGUGCAGUUCCAGGAGAGCCAGGGACACAGGGUCACCAAUCAUGUGCGCAUUCUGCUUGAAGAAGCCGACGUGCACCUCACUCAGCUGGACUUGGAUGACGAGCUAGAGAUGUUGGAACUGAAGGAGAAACUGAGUGCCAUUCCCAACGGCAAAAAGCCAGACGCCCCGCCCAAGGGUGAUUUCAACAUGUCGACAAACGUGGAUGUUCCAAAGGCCCUGGGCGAUGUUUUAGAGGCUUUGAUUGCCGCUGUUUACCUGGAUUGCAGGGAUCUGGAGCGAACCUGGGAAGUAAUCUUCAACCUUUUCGAGCCGGAGCUGCAAGAGUUUACGCGUAACGUGCCCAUCAAUCCCAUCCGCCAGCUUACAGAGCAUAAGCUCGCCAACCCAGUUUUUAGUACGCCCAUCGUCGACCAGGAUAAAGUGAUGAUCAGUUGUGAGUUCACUUGCAUGGAGAAGUCGAUCAAAGUUUACGGAUUCGGCAGCAAUAAGAAUCAGGCCAAGUUGGCUGCUGCCAAGCACGCGCUUCAGAAGUUAAGUAAAUGCGAUGCCUAGGCUGAUCUUCCCACACGGCUGUCUUUUUCCUUUAACCUCGAAAGAAUUUAUUCGUAACUGCAUGCCUUUUGUUGUCCAGCUUCGAAAAAAAUUCUCUCGAUGUUAAAAGGAAAGGCGGCUUAAAGUAAUAAUUAUAUGCCUAGUCGCAGAAAUCAUUUUAAUAACAAAAUAAUUAUGCGAGAACAAAGAGCUGUGUAUCCGACCCUAUAACGGAUCAAAAUUUUAUUGGUUGCUAUUGCUCAGACUGUUCAAGAAGGCUCUCUAAAAAAACAAAUUUUAAUUUGCUAAGAGCAAAAAAAAAAUUUAAAAAUACCAAUAACUCAAAGUUCUUAAUGCAUGCACUUUUGUACUGUUACUAGAAAUUAAAUAUUUUUGUAUACCCCCAAGCCUUAAAAAUAUUAUAAAUAAAUUUGGAAUUAAAAUCGUU